CUUGUAACCGGUGGUUUUAUGGGAAUCCCCUUUUGUACUUAAGGGGCCCUCUUGCACUUCAUUAAUAAUUUAAUCAAUCUUUUAUGGAAGUAAAAAUAUAUAAAUAAAAUAAAUAACAAAAUAUUAGAAGAACAUUUUAAAUGAUAACCUAGGUAUUGUUGUUGACCUUGAUAAGUGCCCGUAAAAAAAACUUGAUAAAUAGAAAAUCGGUGCUAAUGAAAACGCGCGUUAUGCGCAAUAAUAAAGUUUAUUAAAAUAGUUAAAAUAUAUUAAUGGGGUAUUAUUAAAAUAUUAUCUUAGCAUGCCCUUCGUUGACCUUAGAGAGUGGUGAUCAAUAUUACUGCUAUUUUGCUUCUGAUCGUACAGUAGUAUUUUGAACGUAGCAGCGGGAAUACAGAUGGAGUAGAGUGCAUCGUGUGGCGCUGUGUUAUACGUGAAGUGAGCGGAUUUAAAAAAAUAUAACUACACAUUUUUUUAAGUUGAAAUGGAGGAAAUUGAACAGACUUCCAGCAAGCAGUUAAGAAGUUUGGGCCAAAAUGGCAUCGUUCAGCCACUCCUCACAGAUUUAUACCAAAUCACAAUGGCCUAUGCAUAUUGGAAGUCCGGCAAAACCAAAGACCAUGCAGUAUUUGACUUAUUUUUUCGAAAAAAUCCAUUUCAGGGUGAAUUCACCAUUUUUGGUGGACUUGAAGAGUGCCUCAAAUUUUUGGAAAAGUUUCACUAUUCCGCAAGCGAUAUUGAAUAUUUAAAAGAAACCUUGCCUCCCUCAAUUGAGAGCGAUUUUUAUAAUUUCCUUAACACAGUGUCAGCUGAAGACGUUAGAUUAUACGCCAUACCGGAAGGAUCUAUCGCUUUUCCCAGAGUACCCUUAAUGAGGAUAGAGGGACCUUUAAUUAUAGUACAACUUUUAGAAACAACCUUGCUUACUUUGGUGAAUUAUGCUAGUUUAAUGUCCACAAAUGCAGCGAGGUAUAGAAUGGCCGCUGGAAAUAUGAAAUUAUUUGAGUUUGGUCUAAGAAGAGCCCAGGGCCCUGAUGGGGGCCUUUCUGCGUCAAAGUACUCAUAUAUUGGUGGAUUUGAUGGGACUAGCAACGUUUUAGCGGGAAAGCUCUUCAAUAUUCCUGUAAAAGGCACUCACGCCCAUGCUUAUAUAACUUCGUUUAACGGUUUUUCCGAGUUAAGAAACACGUGUUUAGAGCCAAAAGGAGGAGGACCUCAGAGGGACCUCUUGCAACUAGCUUUAGGACACAGAUCAAACUUGGUUCCAACUUUUAGCGUUGUGGAAUCGGAAGCAAGCGAUGGGGAGUUGGCCGCCUUUAUUUCCUUCGCGAUCGCAUUUCCCGAUGGUUUUAUGACCCUGGUUGACACAUAUGACGUUAAGAGGUUUAAUCUCAUUCCCAUGCCAAAUACUAAACGGGGACAAAAUAACUGUUCUGGGUCAGGAUUGCUCAACUUUUGCGCUGUAGCGCUAGCACUUAACGAUCUAGGCUAUAGGGCUAUAGGUAUAAGAUUAGACAGUGGUGAUUUAGCCUAUUUGUCCAACGUAGCCAGGCAAUUCUUCUACGAGAUUAGUGAAAAAUACAACCUACCCUGGUUUGCAAACCUCACCAUCAUGGCCUCGAAUGACAUCAACGAGGAGACCAUAUUGAGUUUGAACGAGCAGGGUCACAAGAUUAACUGUUUUGGUAUUGGAACGCAUUUGGUCACCUGUCAAAGGCAACCCUCACUUGGUGGCGUCUAUAAGCUGGUGGAGUUGAACAGUCAACCAAGAAUCAAGCUGAGUCAGGAUGUUGGAAAGGUGACGAUGCCGGGUCGUAAAGACGCUUAUAGGCUUUAUGGUGACAGUGGACACGCCUUAGUGGACUUAAUCCAAAGAUCUGUCGAGCCUCCUCCAGAGUUGAACCAAAAAGUAUUAUGCAGACAUCCUUUCGAGGAGUCUAAAAGGGCUUACGUCAUUCCUACAAGAGUCGAAAAGCUUUUGACCUUAUAUUGGGAGAACGGAAAAAUUGUGCAAGAGUUGCCGAAUCUGCAGCAAAUUAAGGAGAGGGUCAAGCAAUCUCUUAAAACUUUGAGACCUGACAUUAAAAGGACCUUAAAUCCCACACCCUAUAAGGUGGCUGUGAGUGAUAAACUAUACACAUUUUUACAUGAAUUGUGGCUCAAAAGCGCUCCCAUUGGUGAAUUGUCCUAAACGACAGUACAAAACUCUUUUGAUACUAAUUUGAAAGUAAUGGAAUUUUAUGGAUGAAUUGCAUUUUGGACAGAUUAGGGAGGUGAUUGUUAUGAAGGAAACUAAUUAUUUUUAUAACACAGCGUUUAAAAGCAAUACACUAAACAGCUUAAAUAUAUACCUAAUACUUUUUUUGAAUUUUUUAACAAGCAUUUAUCAAUGUUGACAAAUUUAAAAGAGAAUCUAUUACCCAGAUAAAAAUAUAUUAUUUGGCUGUGACGUUACACUACAUAUAGUUUAUUACAAUGUUGUUUUUUUCCGUUUCUUUGAGUAUUGGACAUUUUAAAAUCACAACUUUUGUAGACUUUGCAUUUAAUAAACUUAUAGUGCUUUUAAAAUAUUCAAUGCUUUUAGAAAUACAAUAAAUAUUUUAACUAAGUACUACA